AGUUGCUCUAAGUAUGUGUACGAUACAUUGUCCGUUUUUAGACGAUAAUUCGUAUCUACAAUUUUAAUCUGGUUUAUGUUAUUGUAUCUGUAUUCUGACCUUUUUGGAAAGAACUUUUUUUCUUUUCUUCACAUUCUACUUUUAUUUUGAAACGUUUAUGAGCAAUAACCGGAAACGAGAUUCCUCUGAGAAGCGGUUUACGUUUUGCUCAGAAAGACAGGUUUUUCCAAUUGCACUGCCCAAUACACUUCAAAACCCUUAGUUGGUUGAACGGCCCUUUGAAGGAAUCUUACUGGCAGACCGGCAGGGCCUGAAAAGCCACACCCACACCUUGUGCUCAUCUAUCACUGAGCACGCAGGUCCAAAAGUGUUGCAUUAAGGAAUUAUUUUAAGAUGGAAUGCUCUGUGUUGGGGGCUAGGGAUGAAACCACAGAGCAUUUAUACUUCUGUGGCGCUGUCACAGAAGUCCUCAAAAUUGGCACUUCCUUCAAACAACACUCUGGCUCCUCCCUGAAAACUCCCCCUAAACUUCUUUUUCUCAUCAUUCCAGGCAACCCAGGAGUUGUUGACUUCUACAAGACCUUUAUGCAAACACUUCAUCAAAAGUUUGGCAGUCGCUAUCCUGUGUGGGCAGUGAGCCAUGCUGGCCACUGUGUGCCCCCUGACACUAUGGACAUGAUUGAAGAUCCACCUGGGAUGUCAGUGAAUGACGUGUUUGGUCUUAAUGGUCAGAUAGAGCACAAGCUAGCCUUCCUUAGGGAACAUGUUCCAAGAGCUACCCAGCUAGUACUCAUAGGCCAUUCCAUUGGUUGCUACAUCAUACUGGAGAUGAUAAAAAGGGAUCCUGAACUUCAGGUGGUGAAGUCUGUCCUUCUCUUCCCCACGAUUGAACGCAUGGCCCAAACUCCUCAGGGGAAGGUCAUGACUCCAGUGCUAUGCCACCUACGAUACAUUACUUACUUGCCCAUCUUCCUGCUCUCCUUGCUGCCAGAGACACUUAAGGCUGCCAUAGUGAAGCUGAUCUUUGGUGGGCUGCGCUCAUUGGACCACACUGUUAUACCAGCUACUGUUAGUCUCUUUAGUGUGGACUGUGCAGCCAAUGCAAUGUACAUGGGUGGUCAAGAGAUGAGGAAGGUUCUGGCAAGAGACAACUUUACCAUCAAUCAAAAUCUCAACAAGCUGUUGUUUUAUUAUGGAGCCAGUGACCACUGGUGCCCCAUGCAGUACUACCAUGACAUGAAGAGAGAUUUCCCAGAUGGAGAUAUAAAACUCUGUGAAAAUGGAAUUCGCCAUGCCUUUGUCUUGGAUGCCGGGAAGGAAGUUGCCAGUCUGAUUUUUGAAUGGAUCCAAAGUGAUGUGCAAACUUAAAGUUGUUUUCGACAGAAUAUGCAAGAUCAUAUUGAAACUACAAACAGUAUGGGUACCAGAUGGUCAAUGGGUAUUUUAUGUACCGAUAUAUAACUAUUGAUUCUUGAAGACUUUCAUUCAUAAAUGAUUAAUUUACAAUCACUUUUGACAGUCUAUCAGUUGGACCCCAUUAGUUAGUAAUUUUUUUGGCUAAUGGUUAAACAGAACAAUCAGCCUGAAGGUUUGAAAACCACACUUUGAAGUAACACUUACAAAACUGCUUACAGCCUACCUCAUGAUGUCCACUUGGGACCAAACAAGCUUUGCCAUGAUGUAUUUUCCUCUUCCUUUGUUGUUGAGAAUUUCACUUCAAACUAGCACUUGACCAAUCUGCAUCAAGAAAUAUUGAGAGGGAGGCAUUUAUUGGACCAAUAUAUUUAGUUUGUGUGUCUUAAUAUAUACAUGGAAAUGAACUAUGAUGAUGUUUUGUUAUGUGUUUUUCAAGCAUUGAAAUAAGAAUCCUUGCUAAUAAAACAUUUGGAACCCAUUAAAGGACAAGUACAUUUUAAAGUAUUGUUUUAAUUUGCAUCCUUAAUAGAAAUUAACUACCUUUCAAAUAAAGAAUUGAGCAUCAUGGUCAAUGGUGAAUAAAUGCCAACAUAUGUAUAGUAUAAAAAAAAUAAAAACUUG